AUGGCGUGGAGGUAUUAUAGUGCAGAUGUUGUGCCCUUCGCUGUGGAGUGUGCCCACUGUUCAUGUCGCAGAUACCUCACACCAGCUUUUACCUCCACCCUUGCCGUUUCUGAUAUCAUAUCACCGAGUAGCAAGCGUGAUUGCUUCUGCCCACUUCAAUCUUGUCUGAAUGGGAGUUUAGACAUCAAAUCUGUCAUGAGCGGAUUAGGAGAAGAGAGAGUAGCGUGGAGAUACUUUCACAGAGAUGUUGUGCCGUUUGCUGCAAUGUUUGCAGUCGAGUGUUCCAUGGUUGGGUCAAACACACUGUACAAGGCUGCAACGUUAAGAGGAUUGAACUUCUAUGUCUUUAUCUUUUACUCUUAUGCUGCUUCAACAUUUGUGCUCCUUCCACUUACCCUCAUCUUUGGAAGAUCUAAAAGAUUACCUUCAGCCAAGUCUCCUCUCUUCUUCAAGAUGUUCUUACUUGGACUUUUCGGGUGUGUGGCGCAUAUGAUUGGGUUUAAAGGUGUAGAACAAAGUUCUCCUACUCUUUCCUCUGCUAUGAGCAAUCUCACGCCAGCCUUCACAUUCACCCUUGCAGUUAUCUUCAGGAUGGAACGAGUUGUGCUAAGGAGCUCUGCGACUCAGGCUAAACUCAUCGGCGGAGUACUAUCUAUAUCUGGUGCUCUGGUUGUUGUUCUGUAUAAAGGCCCCAAAGUUCUGUCUGCUGCAGCUCUUACACCUUCAUCAGAGUCAGGCUGGUUAAUCGGUGGAAUUUUGCUUGCUUCACAUUAUUUUUUGGCUUCAGUCUGGUAUAUUGUUCAGACUCUGGUCAUGGAGGUAUACCCUGAAGGAAUAACAGUAGUCUUCUUCUACAACUUAUUUGCAAUGCUAGUCUCAGCACCUAUAUGUUUAUUGACGGAAAGGAACUUGACUUCGUGGGUUCUUAAACCAGAUAUUAGCCUUGCUGCAAUCGUUUGCUCUGGAGUCUUUGCUGCAUUAUUUAGUGUGCUUACUGUGAGAAUUGUGGUGUGUGACCCAGCUCGAUAA